AUGUCUUCGCCCAACCCAACUACCAACGAUCUUGUGGAGCAGGGCUCCUCACAGACCGAUUUUGAUCCCAAUACCAUCUUCGAGGGAGGCACUUUGGGUUCCGACGACGACCUAUUCGGCGAUGGCGAUCUAUUUGGCGACGGCGAUCUGGACUGGAUGAAAGACGCUCUCACACAAUCUCGCAGCCAAGAGGUCGCCGCUGACUUCGUUCCCAGCUUCGGACCGGCUCCUACCUCGCCGGCACCAGCCGCGGCGCAGAACCCCCCGCCUUCCAACAUAUGUCUCAGCCUUCCGGCCACACAGCCCAGGGCUGUUGCACCGACGGUGCAGCAGAACUACCAACCCCCGGACGUCCUCUUUGGCCUUCCCGCCGUACCACCCAGCUCCGGCACCGCCGAUGUGUCCUCUACCCAGGUGGGACACGCAGUCGCGGGAGCCCCCAACAUCAUUUCACCGAGGCCACAACGCCACGUUGCUGGCCCUCGCAUCGCCGCAAUGUAUGGCCAUGGUGCGUCGUCCCGGGCAGCCGCCCCUCUGGUGCCCGAUGCAUCGUCAUUGGCCAUGAACCAAGCCUGGGGCACCCAGUUUAGCUACAUGCCCGACCUUGACAUGCCCGACCUUGCCAGCUUUGCCGUACCGACCCAGCUGGCUGGAAUGGCUAUGCCGGCAACGAAUCCCAUUCCCAGGUACAUGGCGGUUGGUCAAGGAUCCCCGAUGCGUGUCACUGGCCCUCCCGCAGCCAGAAGAAGCCAUGUCAACAACUUUAUGGCGCCAAUGGCGCCGCCGCCGCCGCCACUGCCGAGGCGACUCAGCAGCGCUUCUACAGGCCAACGUCUUCCCAUUAUAGCUGGCAAGAAGCGCAAGGACCCUUUCGUUCACAUCCAAUACAAUCCCAAUUCUCCACCAUCCGCUGGAAGGUCCUCGGCGCCCACGCAACGGGCCAAUCCCUCGCCAUCCGGGUCCUCGACGCCUAGCACCGCUGACCCUUUGCGUGAGCGCCAGAAGAAGGUGAUGAGGCAUCUUCGCAUCGCCGAACCGGCCGAUCGCCCGCUUGGUAGGAUAAAGGCAGGGAACGACCCAAGCCUGUGGUACCCGGGCCUGGGGCGAAGGCUCGCGUCAUGGGGCCCGCACGGCAAGUUCUCCUACAACGAAUUCGGCGAGCUGAACUACAACAUGCGGUUUGAUGCCAAGGAUUUUAGGGAAUACCUCGGCAAGCCGGGGCUGCAGCUGCUCGUACAGAGGACGCCGACGUAUCACAACUACCGCUACCCCGCCAAAGGGACGAGCGCCAAGUGCAGGUCCGUCAGCUGCCCCAACCGGCACGGCACCAUCGAGAAGGGCCACCUGCGCGUGGCCUUUGUCGAGUACCCGGAGCUUUCGGGCACGCUGCUGGACCCGUUCCACUGCGCGGGGUACAUGCACCUGUGGUGCCUCGAGUCCAUGGCCGAUGUCGUCGAGCUCGCGAGCGACGGCGACUUCUUCCGCUGCGACGACCGGGACCUUCCCUACGAGCCCAGCGAGCCCAUGACGCUCAGCCAAGAGCACGCGGCGCGCAAGGCGUUCUACGAGUGGGUGGGCUACGAGAGGGCGGUGAAGCGCAAGACCGAGUACGAGAUGAAGACCUUUGGCUACUGCACGCAGCCCUACAACUGGGCGUCGCGGGUCCAGCCGCACCGAAAAGGAUCGUCCCUGACCGAGGCCAUGUCCGAGGCCCUCGUCGAGAGCAAACCUCCCAGCUCCAAGGAGCUGCUGGUGCGCGGCGGCAUCAGCAUGAACUCGCACCAUGGCAACCUGAUCCUGCUCGAGGAGAUGAGGCAGGUGAAGAGGGUCACGGAUCGGGAGGAUUUCGAGACCAUCCACCUGGAGAGAGGCCGCGAAGCCGACCGCCGCAACUGGCCGAGGCGAGACAGGCAGGCGAGGUCCCAGUCGCCCCCGGCCCGCCGCCGCCCCGACGCGGCCACGUUCCGGGAGCGCAACUGCCGCACCGUGCCGCCCGCGCACGACCAGCACGACCAGCGGUUCCGCGAGCCCGUUCCGCCCCUCACCGAGACCGAGACCGCCCCCAGGAUCUGGGACCGGCGGGAGCGGGGGCUGGCGUUGAGCCACGGCCUGGUGCUCAACACAAGGAAGCGGGCGCGGGUGCAGGACGCAGCCGAGGAGUUUGCCAUCGGCGGCUGCCCUCAGAAGAAGCUAGACCUGGGCUUCCGCUUCUCUACCUAG